CCACAGGCCACAGCGCCGAUCUCCCGUCCUCCCCGCCUCCUCCCCGACCAUCCGAAACCCUCCCCUCUGAAGCCGCGCCUCCACGUCUCCGCCGCCGUGCCCCGCCUGCGUCCAUAUCCAACUCCCUGUGGUGUGGUCGCCAGCACUCCCGCCAUGGCCCGCGGUCUGCGGCUCCUCUCCCGCGCGGUGGUGAGGCUGCGGCCGCUGCUUGUCCAGGGCCUGACGAGGGGCUUCUCCGCCUCCGCGACAGUCCAGGGCCCGACGAGGGGCUUCUCCGCCUCCGCGACAGAGCCGCUCCACGUAUGCGUCGUCGGCAGCGGCCCCGCAGGGUUCUACACCGCUGACCGGAUGCUGAAGGGUCAUGAAGGAGCACAAGUUGAUAUCAUUGAUAGGCUCCCAACACCAUUUGGCCUAGUCCGUUCUGGAGUGGCUCCUGAUCAUCCAGAAACAAAGAUUGUGGUAAAUCAAUUUUCUCGUGUAGCUGCAAAUGGCCGCUGUUCAUUCUUUGGGAAUGUAACACUGGGAAGGGAUGUCUCUCUAUCGGAGCUUCGCGAAACAUAUCAUGCUGUAGUUCUUGCUUAUGGCGCAGAAAGUGAUAGGUCACUUGGUAUUCCUGGAGAGGAUCUGAAAGGAAUUCAUUCAGCUCGAGAGUUUGUGUGGUGGUACAAUGGACAUCCAGACAUGUGCGACUUGUCUCCUGAUUUGAAAAACACACAAUCUGCCAUUGUCCUUGGUCAGGGAAAUGUAGCUCUUGAUGUUGCCCGCAUUCUUUUACGCUGUAAAACAGAGUUGGCUACUACAGAUAUUGCUGAUUAUGCGUUGGAUGCUCUAUGUGGCAGCACUAUAAGGAAUGUAUACUUGGUUGGGCGACGGGGUCCAGUACAGGCAGCUUGCACAGCAAAGGAGCUGCGUGAAAUUCUAGGUUUGAAAAAUGUUCGUGUUUGCAUCAAGGAGGCUGAUCUCGCUACUUCACCUGCAGAUGAGGAGGAGAUGAGGAGUAGUAGAAUCCAAAGAAGGGUUUAUGAGUUGCUGUCCAAAGCUGCAAGUGCACAUCGGGACAACAAUCGCAAUGACCAAAAGGAGCUUCAUUUUGUGUUUUUCAGGAGACCUACCAGGUUCAUCCCUUCAGAAAAUGGUUCCACGGUUGGUGCUGUUGAACUAGAGAAGACAGCCUUAAAAGUUGAUGAAGUAACUGGGAAGCAGGUUGCAGUAGGAACUGGUGAGUUUGAAGACCUAAAAUGUGGUCUGGUCUUGAAAAGUAUUGGUUACAAAUCCUUGCCUGUACAAGGUUUGCCUUUCGACAAGAUCAGAGGAGUUGUGCCAAACUUGAGAGGUCGAGUCAUGAGCAGUGAAUCAGAGACUGCCACGGUGGAAACAGGGCUGUAUGUCGUAGGAUGGUUAAAGAGAGGACCCACUGGGAUUGUUGCGACAAAUCUCCACUGUGCUGAAGAAACAGUGGCUAGCAUCCUUGAAGAUGAUGCGAAGGGUGUGUUAAGGGCCCCAUCUGAUUCGAAGAAGCAUGGAAGGACAGGACUUGUUGAGAUCCUAGAACAGAAGAAUGUCCGUUUUGUGCCAUUCAGUGGUUGGGAGAAGAUUGAUUCCAAGGAAAAGAUGGCAGGGCAGCUGAGAAACAAGCCUAGAGAAAAGAUCACAACCUGGGGUGGACUCCAGGAAGCUGCAAACGAGUAAAAUAAGGAUGACCAGAAAUUUUGUUUCCAUGUGUUUGUAUCAAAGAAUUGCACCAAAGAGAGAACCCUGUACUUAGUUAAUAAAAGAUAAAUUGACAUGUUCCCUGGAGAGAUUAGGGCUCAGGUACGAGCAACCUAUGGCAUUCAGUAGAGGAAAAUACUAAUAGCGAUUCAUUCCAUUGAAAACCAAAAUUGGUCAAUUUAUUUCUCAUUGAAAUUGUGGUCA